AUGAUUAGCUCUAAGUCCACCCACGUCCUAGGAACGAGGGCGCGGUCAUUGUCUGAACACCUCUCUGAACUGCAGCGGGAACUAGAGAAGGGUCACAGCUCGAUGAGUGGACUGGCACAGACCACAACCGAGAUACGGACCGAUUCGUCCACCGCGGUCUCCGCCUUGGUGGGGAUGGAAGACCCUACAGCCAACUUGUUCCCGCCACCGUUGCCCCAGCCUGGGAUCUGCAUGUGGAAAUAUCUGGAUAUUCAUUCCAUGCAAAGGCUGGAGAAGACAGCCACCCUGGAGGAGAUGAGGGAGGUACUGACUGAGCUCUUGGAGCUUGGCAGUCCUGAACAGAGUCUGCGGGAUGCCAUCACCCUGGACCUCUUCUCCCAUGCACUCAUCUUCUGCCGCCAGCAGGGCUUCUCACUAGAGCAGAUGUCAGCAGCUUGUGCCAUACUCCAAGAUCUUCACAAGGCCUGUGUUGCAACCCCUUUGGGCAACGUGGAGGAAUGCUACCGCUACUUUACCAGUGUUCUUUUUUGCCAUGGAGUCAGGCGCCCCCCCUUCAGCAUUGACCUUUUUAAGGAGGAACAGCUUCUGGCCCUGGCUGACUACGUGGUCAACACCUACUUCCGCCACUUCAAGCUCUACAAAUAUGUCUUCACCCCCCAGGUACUGGCAAUGGGCUUGCAAGAGGCUAUCUCCAUCUUUCCCUUUCCCUCAGAGCAGGUGCCUUUCUCUCAGCAUCCUCGUUCCUGUCUCUUCCCAGGUGCGGCUGGAUCUAUCUUUGGAUUACUUGGGGCUAGAGCCACCCAAGCCCCAGCCAGAGGGUAAGAUGUGUACCAGAGUAGCAGGGAAGGGGCUAGCCCAUGGCUGGAGCCAAUACCUCUUCCUGUUUCUGGCUCAGUGAAAGAAGAGGACAUGGAAGAAGAGCGAGUUAUUCCAGAGGGGAAGGAGACAGAGGAAGCAGCAGAGCUAGAGAAAAAGCCAAGUGAGUACCAGGGGAGGUCAGGGUGCCCUGCAACUCAAGAGCCAUUGUGAAAUGGUGGAUUUGCACCACCUCAGUCCUUCAGAC